CGACCGACCAAUUCAUUCUUAUUUUGAGUCCUCCAUUUGUCCCUCUUUUCAAGCCACGUACAUAAAGCCAUACGAUACUCACAUAAUCAUAUAUGUCUUCAGUUAACGCCAUCCUCCCCGCCGCCGCUGCAGCGGCUUCUGAUCAUCCUCGUCAUGGAAACAACCUGGCGGCGGACGAUGAUGGUGCGUCUCAUCACAUCAACUUUGACGUUCCACCGGAGUCAUUCUGGGUCGCCAAAGACUCGGAGGCGGACUGGCUCUACCAAAACGCCACCAUGCAACGUAAAUCCUCCUUGAAGUUGGCAAGAUCCUCCGCCGCCGCCGCCGCCGCCCCGUCCACCCGCCUCCACCACCACCACCAAAACACCCACGCUUUCUCUCGCCGCUCUCUGUCCACGUUGAUCCACGCCACCACCAUCACUAAAUCCAACGGGAAUCUCCGACAUACGGCGGCAGCGGCAAGGUUGCUGUUCCGAAGCCGGUCCGAGCCGGGAGGGAAGGGGUUGGCUGGCACGCGGGCGGUCGAACCGGAUUCGCCCUUGGUUUCUUGUACGGGGAGGGUGAGGACGAAGAAAGAGGGAGGGGGCAGGAGAACCGGGCUGUGGAAGACGCUGAGAACCGCUCUGAAGGGGCGGUUCGGAGGGAGGAGGCCGCAGGUAGGGAGCAAGGCCAGCAGCGAGUCGGCCGGUUCGAUGGGGAUGGAAUCGGGCCGGUGGUCUGAGUCCUAGACCGGAGUUGUGAAUUGUGAUACGAGGGGCCCCAAUAUAUCGUUAGGUUGGAAGAGACGGACGCCGGCCGAUCAACUGGGCCCACAUUUGUUAAGGCCGCCAGGCGGAUGAAGUAGGGCCCACAUCGCCACAAUUAUAUUGAUGUGUACCAUUUGUGAUCAAAUCUCUAUUAAAAUCUCUUCAUACGGUACAACGAGAUUGGAUGUCUAUAGGUCACUUGUCAUUUUUUGCCAUUUUUAAAUGAAAAAAUGCUAUAUUAGUCACAACUCACAAAAAUAUAAAUCUCACUUUUAACCACACUCCUCUAUAAAUCCUGCAGACAUCUCAGAUGUUGGAUUCAGAUUCCUACCU